GGACAGGCUCGGCGAGGCCAUGUGAUGCUGGGCGAGCGAGCCGCCGCCGCCGGAGCCGCCUUCUUCCUCCUCGGAUCGCGGCCGCCAUGGCGACCCCCAACAACUUGACCCCCACCAACUGCAGCUGGUGGCCCAUCUCGGCCCUGGAGAGCGAUGCGGCCAAGCCGGCCGAGGCCCCCGACGCGCCCCAGGCCGCCAGCCCCGCCCAUUGGCCCAAGGAGAGCCUGGUUCUGUACCACUGGACCCAGUCCUUCAGCUCGCAGAAGGUGCGGCUGGUGAUCGCCGAGAAGGGCCUGGCGUGCGAGGAGCAGGACGUGAGCCUGCCGCAGAGUGAGCACAAGGAGCCCUGGUUCAUGAGGCUCAACCUGGGCGAGGAGGUGCCAGUCAUCAUCCACCGCGAUAACAUCAUCAGCGACUACGCCCAGAUCAUCGACUACGUGGAACGCACCUUCACCGGAGAGCAUGUGGUGGCCCUGAUGCCCGAGGUGGGCAGCCUGCAGCACGCACGGGUGCUGCAGUACCGGGAGCUGCUGGAUGCGCUGCCCAUGGACGCCUACACACAUGGCUGCAUCCUGCAUCCCGAGCUCACCACUGACUCCAUGAUCCCCAAGUACGCCACGGCUGAGAUCCGCAGACAUUUAGCCAAUGCCACCACAGACCUCAUGAAAUUGGACCAUGAAGAGGAGCCACAGCUCUCUGAGCCCUACCUUUCUAAACAAAAGAAGCUCAUGGCCAAGAUCCUGGAGCAUGAUGAUGUGAGCUACCUGAAGAAGAUCCUUGGGGAGCUGGCCAUGGUGCUGGACCAGAUCGAGGCCGAGCUGGAGAAAAGGAAGCUCGAGAAUGAGGGGAAGAAAUGCGAGCUGUGGCUCUGUGGCUGUGCCUUCACCCUGGCGGAUGUCCUCCUGGGGGCCACCCUACACCGCCUCAAGUUCCUGGGACUCUCCAAGAAAUACUGGGAAGAUGGCAGCCGGCCCAACCUGCAGUCCUUCUUUGAGAGGGUGCAGAGACGCUUUGCCUUCCGCAAAGUCCUUGGGGACAUCCAUACCACCCUGCUGUCAGCUGUCAUCCCCAACGCAUUCCGGCUGGUCAAACGGAAACCCCCGUCAUUCUUUGGGGCAUCCUUCCUCAUGGGCUCCCUGGGCGGGAUGGGCUAUUUUGCCUACUGGUACCUCAAGAAAAAAUACAUCUAGAGCCAGGCCCAGGGCCUGCUGUCGACUGUCGGUGUCUCUGUGCUGUGUGAUUCCUAAUGACCUCUCAGUAACUCACUGACCCACGAACAGUGGAUGGCACUUCCCCCCUUGUUCUGAGUAAUUCUAUCAUCAGUGUGAAAACAUUCCAUAGUUUAGAAGUAGACGUCGCCAAUGCUAUGACUUGAGGCCACGGCUCUACUAGAGGAGAGAAAGAGUGAGGCAGUGAGUCAAACAGAAACGAAACAGGAAGGCCAUUUCUCUGCAUUCAAGGUCUCAAGAUGGAACUGUGAGGACUGGUUAGGAUCUGAGGUGAGUCCCAGGAUGUUCCAACCACCAGGGCCCAGGUUCUGGGAGGUGCUGGGGCUCAGAGGGCCUGACCCCUCGCCUCCUCUUCCCUCUUGCCAGGGAACUCUUCCACAGGACAAAGCCAACACCAAGACUCGACUCUUCUAACCGGUACCUCUGGCUGGGGCUGAAGAGCCAGAGGCCCCUGAAGAUCAGAAGGGGCUUCGUUCUUCUCCUGGACAUAAACUGAGACAGCACUGGCUCAAGCCAAGGCAGUGAUACCCCAAAACCUGGCCAUGGCUGGGACCAACAACAUGAGCACACCCUCUCACUCCCCUCCUGAUCUGGCUGGUGUGUUCGGCUUGGCUCUUCAACAGAAACCCCUGAAGGCUGCAUCCACCAUCCACUUCCUACCUUGAGUUGAGUUUUCCCACCCUGUGAGGUGGGACUUUCAGCAAAAGCCAUGUUGACCUUCUCGGAGAAGGUCAGUCCCAGCUCAAGUGCAGGGGUGGGUCCCUCUCCACCUCCUUUUACACCCACCUUUCCCAUUAUUCCAGGGGCUCCCUCAUGCUGCAUGCACAGGGAGUUUCUGCAUCCAUGCUGACUCCCUUGGUCAGGUCUCACUUUCCUGUGCCUUUUGCAUGCUGGGAAAGGGUCUGGGUAUCACCGCUGCUCAUGCAUAGAAACCAAUGAAAGCCCCCAAUAAAGCAUCCAGGAGGAGCAAUUGC